UAUAUUGUGAAGCAAUAUUGCCCGCUUAAUGUUCCGAAUUGGGCUGCAAUAAAUGAAGAUAAAAAGAAGAAGUUGAUGGAUGCUGUUAAGGGAAUGUAUGUCUUCCCGGAAGGUUCUUAUGUUGACCGAGCUGUUCGCAACGUACUUAUGAGAAGUUUGAGAACGUGGCGAUAUAACUUGAGAAAAAGUUAUUAUCGAAAGUAUAAGACUGACAAAGAAAGGUUAAGUCAUUGUCCACCUGAAGUUGAUCCAGAAGAUUGGAAGUGGCUAGUGGAACAUUGGGGAACCCAGAAAUUUCGGAAUUUAAGUGAGACACUUAUGGCAAAUAGGGAAAAGCAGAAGAUGCUUGCUUGUGUAGGGACAAAGUCUAUCUAAAGAAUCGCACACGAAAUGCGUAGCGUUCCACCUCGAGAAGAAAAUGAUGAACCAAUCCUACCGGAAUAUGUAAGGCUUUUUGAGAAACAAAAAAAGAAAAAGAAUGGCAAUUGGGUAGAUGAUGAGGCUGAGGAAGCAUAUAAAAAGCUAUUGGAUUUACAUAACGAGCAGCUCGAGAAACAUGGUGUAGAUAAUCUUUUAACAUCAGAGGCUUAUACAAUUGUUUUAGGUCACAAAUCAGGGUAUCAGAGAGGGUUGGGUCAAGGACCUCCACCUUUUAGAGGUGUAAAUGCGGGUGGACAAUUUCGCUGCAGUGACAUUGUGGAUCAAAAUGCUAUAAAUGCUCGAAUUCAAGCAGAAGUAGAACAAAAAGUUACUGAGUUAUCAGCUAAAAAAGAAGUUGAAUUCAAUGAAAAGCUACGAUCCGAAUUAGAUGCAUUCUCUAGAGAAAAAGAAGUGGAACUUCGAGUGAAAAUUCAAAAUGAGCUAGAAAGUAAAUUGCGUAAUGAGUUGCAACAAGAAAUGCAAAAUCAAAUGCGCUUAAUGUUUGAACAAGAGUUUUCCACCAUGAAACAAGCUCAAACUGCUGAUUCACAUUCAUCUUCAGAAGCUGCUGCAAAUAUAUUAGAUAAAGGGUCCAAUAUAGCACGAAGCAAAGUUGUACGUUAAAUGAUUAAUGUUUGUUUUAUUAAUAUGGUCAAUAUGCAAUUGUAUAAUUGUGUUAGUUUAGUUGCAAAAGUGCGUUACAAUUUUGUAUAUUAUAGAGUGAUUACAAAGUUUAGAUAUGUCAAUGGUUGCUUUUAAGAUUUUAUUUUAAAAAAUACUGACAAACUUUUGCUACAGAUUCCAUAUUAUUGCAAAAUGUCUGCAAUGUCAUUCAAAGAUGUAACAACUUAUAUGACUCAUAUUCGGGGAGACCAAC